AGUAAUGGUUGUGUCUUUCACCUAUGUGGAAAAUUGUGUCGUUCGCGUGAUAAUAUACCGAACGUUUUGAUUAAACUUAAUAAUAACAAAUAAUAUAACAUGUCCGCAAGUCAACGAUAAUUCUUUUAUCUUAUGUAUACAUUUAAAUUAACUUGACGUUUUCCUAAAUGUUAGGAAACUUUUACCUUGGACCACAAUGUCACAUUUACCUUCUACAUUCAGUAGGAAUUCUGAAAAUAUACAAAGAUCUCGUGAGGAACCGUAUGCUACUCAUAUAAGACAAGUGAAUAUCAUACAACCUAAUCUGUCAAGUAAUGAAAACACAACUCAUCUCUAUCAGAACAUUCAAGACAAUGGCAAUUUGUAUUCAAGAAGUGAUCAACUUCCAAAAUUAGUUAAUCCAGAUAAUUAUUUUUCUAAUAAUUACAACACUGGAGGUCAUCAGACUAAGAAUUCUGACUAUUUGUAUCCUUAUGUAUCCGUGAGUUAUUUGUUGAAUAACUGUGAUGAUGCAUCCAUUUCACACUUGAGCAAUCAGCACAGUUUGUUCGCUGGAGGUCAACAUUCUAAUUCCAAUUCAUUGCCAUUUUCAAAUUUACCUGAGAAACCAGUGCAGAGUGAAUCAGACAUGUUUAUUAAUUCUUUUGCCGAUAAUUUAACCCCAAACAGUCAUGGAGUGUAUACUCAAUUUGGUAAUGCUCCUAAUGAGGAUAGAAAUUUCACACCUUCUUCAUUAGUGAAUAAUAUUGAGCCAGCCAAACCUCACAUAAGUCCAAUUAAAAAGCUUGAAAAGAAGCAGUCAAAGUUGCUAUAUUCUGAUGUUCUUAAUCGUGCUGUCACUAGUGAAAAGACAAAUACUGUUCCUGUUAAAGAUAACACUGCCAUUAAGGAAUACAAAGAUAAAAGUAAAACUAAAAAAAUUGAACGACGCAAAAGUUGUCCUUGUGUAAACAAUACUCCAGAACAUCAUAAAUAUCCUACAAACCCUGUGUGUGCUGCAGAGCAGAGCAAAGAAACAUUAAAUAAAACGGCACCAAAAGUUACAUUGAAAAGUGAUAGUUCCAGCAGUGAACAAGAUGAUUUGAAUUCUAAUGUUCAAAACACACCCAAGCAUAAUCAAAAGGCAACGAAAACACCAACAAUUCAUACCACUCAAAAAAAUACUAAGCGAGAAUAUGCUAAUAAGGAAAACCAAUCGAAUCAAUCGAGUUGUGAUGUUGAAGAUUCUCCUCAAAGACAACGUGAUACUUCACUUGGUAAUGAAAAAUCAAAAUCUUCUAGCAAAAAAGUCUAUAAACAAUCUCGAUCAGUAAAAUCAGAAAAAGUCACUACUCAUACUUACAAAAAAAAUAAAAUUCGGAAGAAGAAAAAAUGUUUUGAUUUUGAAGUAUAUUUGAAGAAUUGGCAUGAAAUUGUAAAGAAAAUUUUGUUAUGGUUCUGGACAUUAAUUUGGGACAUCGCUGUAAUGAGUACAAAUGUAGCAACUGAUUUCGUGUCGAAUGCAUAUACAGCAUCAGUUAUAAAAUUUCAUGACAUUAGUUCUGAAAUAGAAUAUAAAAAAAUACUUAAUAAUUAUUAUAGUUCUUUUGAUAACUUAUGGAGUGAAAAUUCAAAAUUUGCAUUUUGGAGAAAGAUUCCUUUUCUAAAACGUGCCCAAGAAGCAAAUAAUCUGGAAUAUGAAAUAUUAAAUUUAGCGAAAACAAGAGAAGAAGCUAUCGAUCACUUAUUGUUGCAUAAGGAUAAAGAUCCAUAUAGUUGUUUGUAUUUAGAUGCCUCUUGCACAGGUGAUCAGAUUAGAAAACAUUACAAACGUUUAGCUAUGUUUGUUCAUCCGGACAAAAAUGAUAUGCCUCAAGCAGAAGAAGCUUUUAAAGUCUUACAAAGAGCAUUCGACGCUAUUGGAGAACCUGAACAACGAUCUAAAUAUGACAUUGAAGUGGCUAGGCAACAGGAUGCACAAACAGCUUUAAAUCAAUUCAGUGUGUUGUUAACAGAAUUACAAGAAAAAAUAGUUCGAGCAUCAAAUACUAUUAGGUGUACAAAUUGCAAUGGACGUCAUCUGAGAGUACCUGUUAAAAGGCCGGCUUAUGCUGCUAGAGAAUGUGCGCAGUGCAAAAUCAAACACUCAGCUAAAGAGGGUGAUAUUUGGGCAGAGACAAGAAUGAUGGGUUUGCGAUGGGUGUAUCUAGCUUGCAUGGAAGGCAGUAUAUAUGAUAUAUCUGAAUGGGCAGCUUGUCAAAAAACUGCUCUAGCGCAUCUUACGGCAAACUCUCAUAAUGUUCAGUAUCGGAUAGUUCUCGGUGACAAGCCAGCCAAGUCCAGAACCACACCUGCCAGCAAUAGUACUAAUUUUCAAGAAUUUAUCCACAAUUUAUGCACAAACUCAAUGAACCAACAAGCAGGCCAGGAAUCUGGAAGCAGUUGGCGUCGUAGAUCUCCCAAGCAAAAUUGAGACGAAUAUUUAUAAAUAUCUUUAUAAAACUUCACGAGCUUAUAUGUUUUUAUCUAUGUUAAAGUUUAUAUGUUGACUGUAAAAUAGGUGUAUUUUCAACAACUGUAAUUGUCCAAUUAAUAGUUUAUUUUUUGUAUAAUUAGUAAAAUUAUGAUAACUCUCAUAUUGUGAAAAUAUGAAUAUUUUUAUUUGAUAAUGGUAUUCUAUAUUUGUACUACGAUUUUGAAGAUUGU